AUGAGCUGGGGCACCGAGCUGUGGGAUCAAUUUGACAACUUAGAAAAACACACACAGUGGGGAAUUGAUAUUCUUGAGAAAUACAUCAAAUUUGUAAAGGAAAGAACAGAGAUUGAACUCAGCUAUGCCAAGCAACUCAGCAUUUCCACGAUGGACGGAAGGCCCAGCAGCACAUAG